GACACCAGAUCUUCCAUCCAGCUUAGACUAGGCUGCUGCUCUAGGGGGAGGAAAGCUUUGACACUGCAGCGUACAGAGAUAAUAAUGGGGAAUGCACAGGAUAAGCCCUCUGGAUCCGGGGGGGCUAAAACGGACCAGGCCACCCCAGGAUUCAGGAGGAGAAGCAGAGCUGGGAGUACGGAGAAGCCCAAGGCAGGGAAGGGUCCCCCAGAGAAGGGGUCGAUGGCCAACGGAGCCACCCAGGGGGACAGGAACCAGAGUAAGGACAUCCCACCAGACACCAGCUAUCUGGACGCCCCCGCUGGAGCUCUGCCACCCCACCUGGGCCGGCUCAAGAACGAGGGUAACCACCUCUUCAAAAAAGGACAGUUUGCAGAUGCUGUGGAGAAAUACUCUGCAGCCAUCGAUGGCUGCUGUGACGCAGGUAUAGAGAGUGGAGAGGACCUGUGUAUUCUCUACUCUAACAGAGCUGCUUGCUACCUGAAGGAUGGGAGCAACACAGAGUGUAUCCAGGACUGCACCAGGGCAUUGGAUAUUCAGCCCUUCUCCCUGAAGCCCCUCCUCCGCAGGGCCACGGCCUAUGAGUCAAUGGAACGUUACCGACAGGCCUACGUGGAUUUUAAGACUGUUCUGCAGAUAGACAUCGGGGUGCAGGCGGCACACGACAGUGUCCACAGGAUCACCAAGCAGCUUAUUGAGCAGGACGGCCCUGACUGGAGACAGAAGCUUCCGGAGAUCCCUCUAGUCCCACUGUCAGCUCAGCAGCACCACAGGCAGAAAGACCCCAGCGCUGAGCUGGUCCAGGCUAGAGAAGCCAAAAAAGCAGAGGCUCGCUUUGCCUCUCUCAAAACAGAAGGAAAUGAGCAUGUGAGGAAAAGCCAGUUCCAUGACGGUCUAGAAAAGUACAGUGAAUGCCUUAAGAUCAAACCUGACGAGUGUUCCUGCUUUACCAACAGAGCCAUCUGUUAUCUGAGACUGGGUUGUUUUGAAGAGGCCAGACAGGACUGUGACUCCGCCCUCAAGCUGGAACCAACCAAUAAGAAGGCCUUCUAUAGACGGGCGCUGGCGUUUAAAGGUUUACAGGACUACCUGUCUUCCAGCAGUGACCUCCAGGAGGUGUUACAGCUGGACCCCAACGUCCACGAGGCUGAACAGGAGCUGGAGACUGUGACAGGGCUGCUCAGACAGAGCCUCAUGGACGGAGCCCAACUCACACCCAGGGUAGAUACCCAACACACACCCAGGGUUUGAUGGCAGAGAUGAGACUGCCACAGGAGACUGUAUAGGAGGCUGAUGAAGAGAGAGACUGAUGGAGACCUGGGAAGGCUGUUCAGGCCUCAUCAUCCCUCACAGAGUUGACAUGAACUAAGGUGAACUAUGCUGGAUGUUGGGCUCUGACUCCAUCUGCCUUCAAAGAGCAUCAUUAAAGCAUUGCGUCAACGACGGCAGAGCGUUGUUCAAUAAUUCCCAGCAGGCAGCUGCAUCCUUCAUUUCCAUUCUGGAGACUCUAAAGAUACUUUAGAUGCAAUGCAGCUUCUUACAUUUACAUUUGUCAUUUAGCAGAUGCUCUUAUCCAGAGAGACUUACAGUAGUGAGUCAUUUAGCAGACUCUCUUAUCCAGAGAGACUUGCAGUUAGUGCAUUCUUUACCUCAGCAUGCUCAGACCCCCUACAGCAACACACUGUAGAGAAAGGGUGCGUCACAAAUGAUGCCCUACUCUCUAUAAAGUGCACUAUGUUUGACCAGGGCUCAUAGGUCUAUAAUCAAAUGUAGUGCACUAUAUAGGGGAUAGGGGUGCCAUUUGGGACUCAGACCCAACAUCUUAAAAGCUAGGAGUGACUAGUUUUGCAGAAGUAUUUGAUUUCUUCCCACUAACAGCAGAUUAUGCAGACCGGCGGUAUUACAGAUUGGAGAAGCGAUCGACAGAAGCUCUAGAAGCACACUGGAACACAAUGUGGGAGAGAUGUGGUGUGCCUUAUUGAGAUUCAAGUUGAACCAUAUAUUUGGGAAGUGUAAUCUGAACCUCAGAGAAAUAACAUCCUUGUAUAUAUGUAAUAAACUGCUGCUUUGAUACACUGCAGAGUAUUUUACAUGUGGAAACCAAAAAAUAUGUUGCCACUGUAUUGACAGUCAUGCAUGUACCUUUUCAACCUUUAAAGGGCACUGUUGGCUAAUUAAUGCAUAAUGAAAGAUGGACAACUGUGUAUAUCAUGUACUGUAUGCUUUUAAUCUCAGGUUCAGUCUUGAACAUGACCAUGAUUGUAUGGUAAAUGUUAGCUCUGGUCCAUGGCGUUAGAGGAAUUGUAAUGGCCUGGACCAGAGCUAGGUAAAUGUGUAUAGUAGUCAAACACUGAUCUGCUAGUUUUCAGAUGUUGCUCUACUGCUUUAUAAAAUCCCCAAACCCCCUUCAGAUAGUUAUCUGUUGCGUUAGAGAUCAACCCCCUUCAGAUAGUUAGUUAUCUGUUGAGUUAGAGAUCAACUCCCUUCAGAUAGUUAUCUGUUGAGUUAGAGGUAUUUCAGUUAGUGUCUGAAACUGAUUAAUAACAAGCUGCGUGUGUUGAAUAUAUUGUGAAUGUUCUGCUUUCACCACAGAUUGGUCUAUUUAGAACAUAGACCCCUCUGAGGUGGUUGUUCAUGAUUAAACACGUCUGCUUUGUA